UACAACUUAACUUUUGUUUCCAAAAUCUCACUUUUUUCUUCUUUGUUUUUACUGAAACGAAGAAUUUUUUAUAAGCAGUAAAUGCAUGAAACUAAGGGUCUUUCUUUUUCUUAACACCUCACUUUUUUUCUUCCUUAACACCUCUCUUUAUGUUAUCUUCUUAUCUUCCAACACUUGCAAUCUUUUUGGAAAACGAAAAAAACAUAGCUAUGGGAAGAGCACCAUGUUGUGAUAAAAAUGGACUGAAGAAAGGUGCAUGGACUGCAGAGGAAGAUCAAAAACUCAUUCAGUAUAUUCAAGUUCAUGGCCCUGGAAAGUGGACAAACCUCCCAAAGAAUGCUGGACUUCAAAGGUGUGGCAAGAGUUGUCGUCUUCGGUGGACGAAUUAUUUGAGGCCUGGUAUUAAGAGAGGAGGAUUCUCUACUGAAGAAGAUGAAACUAUAAUCCAACUUCACAGUGUUGUCGGCAACAGAUGGUCUGCAAUAGCGGCUCGCUUACCAGGAAGAACAGACAAUGAAGUCAAGAAUUAUUGGAACACGAACUUAAGUAAGAGGCUUUCGAGGAGGGGCAUCGAUCCAGUGACUCACAACCCUCAUCCUAAUUCCUUUGACUUGUCGGCGAUUCUCAACUCAACUAAGGUUAAUCUUUUAAGCUUAUUAUUGGGACUACAAACACUCAUAAACCCCGAAAUCAUCAAACUUGCAAACUCCCUUUUACUAUCCCAUACUGAAACUCAAGAACUGUUAUUACACAGUCAAAACUCUCAAGGGCCUGAACUCUUGCUCCAAAAUCUUGAACAAAAUCAACUAUUGCAUAACCAGUCCUCCAUUUUCCAAGAUAAUAAUCAACUACACAACCAAGUUCCGGAGAUACCACAUUGCACCCUACAAAAUAUUUCAUGUUCAUCUUCCCAGUCCAUGCAAGGUAACGUGGGGCCUUAUUUGAUGAAUGGCCAAAUAUUCCAAGAAAAUAUGAUGGUACCUCUUCAAAACUAUAGUUUUUCUGCAUUUGAUGCAUCUGACAACUCAACGGUCCAAUUCUUGAAUAACAACAACAAUCAGAAUAGUCAGAAUUUUAGCUUUGAUACGCCUUUGUCAGGCAUAUAAGAAGAGAAAGAGAGUUAUUGCAAUCACUUCAUAAAGUUUGAAAUUUCAGAGAGUUUAGAUUUUGAUGAUUUGUUGUAAAUAUUGACACCUCGUGUUUUUUUUUUCAAAUUAUGAAUACGUGCCAGCCUUUUGUUAUCUUAUAUUUUUAUUGGAUGUUGCAUAUGUUAUUGC